CAGUCAGCAACUCAUUACUUCAUAAUAUACUUUCUCUAUCAAUAUAAUCUUCUAAUCUUAAUUUGCAAAAAAUGGGAAUUUGCGCUUCUUCACACAUCUUGGGGUGGCAAAGUGGAAGAUUUCUGCUCAAGAAUACUCCGGCGGCGGCGGCGGCCAUGGUGGUCCACGAGAACGGCGAGCUGCUGGAGUGUCGCCGGCCAGUGAAGGCCGCCGACGUUUUGUCGGAGAACCCAAACUGCUUCCUCUCAAACUCGGAGUCGAUGAGCGUUGACUCAGAAAUACCUCAAGUUUCGAAAGACGAAGACUUGGAGAUCGGUCAACUCUACUUUCUCCUCCCCAUUUCUAAGUCGCACUCCCCACUGACUCUUCAAGAUAUGUGUAGGCUCGCCGUCAAAGCCAGCUCUGCUCUCAAUGGGUAUUUCACUCCGGUCGCCGGAGCUGUUGGCCGCCGCCGCCGCCACCGCGGUUCUUGCAAUGACAAAGUUUCUACGCGGGGGCAUAUGGUUACCUUAAUUAACUGAUUGGAUCUUCUCUGUUAACAAAAUUUCAAUGUUUUAAACUUCCAAUCAACCAAAUAUUUGUAAUUUUUCUGAUUUGUUAUAAUGUUUUUUCUUCUUUUUGGGAAGUUUUUCUAUUUAUAACAAAUGAGUUGUUUUACCAAAGUGUACAAUAUGUAUAGCUGAAGUACACCGAAGUUGCCGAUGAGUUCCGUUCGUGGUCACAUGAUCCACAUCAUGUUUUUCUGAGUUUCAAUUUCUCUUGGGUCUAUUCCGAAAGCUUUCUCUUAUUAUUUCAUUUACAAUUUUUAAGCAAACAAUUGUACGGACUAUGAAUUACGUAUCAAUACUACUUCUGUUCUCUUUUAAUUGCAA